AUGUCGAACUUGAAAUACAAGUCCAAAGAACGAAUAAUACUAAAUGUCGGUGGUAUUAAAUACGAAACAUAUCGCUCAACACUAACCGCAUAUCCGGAAACAAUGCUCGGUACGAUGUUUGAAGAACGAAAUAAAGAACUCCUACAUCCAACGAACGGUAACGAAUAUUAUAUUGACCGUAACGGACGAUUAUUUUAUUGCAUAUUACAAUUUUAUCGAACGGGAAAGAUACCAUCCGCAGAUAAAGCAAAGUGCGCCAUACCAAUAACGCAAAAGGAACUCGACGCGGAAUUGGAUUAUUUCAUGAUACCGCGGCCAAAACGAUUAUUAUCGAAAACGCAACCACAACCCAAAUCGCAAGUUACAAAAUUAUCACUAAGAAGUCGAACCGUAGCGGCCGAAUUGGAUGAUUUCAUUACAGCAUUUAUAAUGUCAAAAGGACUCGGGUUUAACGUGACGCUUGAAAUGGCAUUUUAUACGUCGGAUCGGAUGCAACCAGUCAUUACCGUUUUGCCAACGACCAUAGGAAAAUCUCCCGUGCCUCAAAUAGCCGAGGUAAUAAAUCAACCUGCAUUUGGCACACGAGCGUAUGCAUUAUUAAACGGUUUUGGCGAUAAGAUUGGUGAACAUUUAGAAGAAAGUUAUCCUGGAUUAUGCUGGGAUUUAUUAUUGCUCAAAAUCUGUAGUGAUUCGGAUGGUUCAAUAGAUUCGAUGUAUCGUGUACGAAUACAAAUAUGCGAUGAAUUUGAUUAUGAAGAAAUAAUUAAGAAUUGUUGUCUAUCAACGACUUCAUUAAAAUAUUGUUACUAA